UAUGAAGGUGCAUUGGCGCCUCGCCUCGCCUUGCCGCCUUACAAACUAUGGCGCUCAGUUGAAAUGGCUGUGAAGGAGGCUCUAUUGGCAAGGGGAGAAUCCCAAUUCACAGAUCAAGAAUUCCCCCCUAGUGACCGCUCAUUAUUUCCAGAUAACCCUCCUUCUAAACUGCAGGUUGUUGCUGCAUGGAUGAGGCCCAUUGAAAUAGUUGAAGAGAAUCAGCUUGUUUCUGGUCCGUGCCUGUUUUCUGGAGCAGCAAAUUCUUCAGAUGUUUGCCAGGUGAUUUUCACUAUUUUCUGGCCUAAUUUUGGGUCAAUUUCUCCAUUUUACUUUGCAAGUUUGAAAAUCUAUCCCCCUUUCGCUGGAGCUGCUGUUUCAGCAAUUACCCUUGUCGUAGCUUUUGGAUUCGCUGUCUCUCGCCCUUGUUUGACUCUCGAGACCAGAAACGCUUUAUCUGGAACUUACUCUGCUGCACAAAGGUCUGCCAGCUCAGCUGCUCUUUUGGUUGGGGAUCCUGCUGUAAUUUGAGAUAAAGGAGGGAAUUUUGUACUUCCUAGGGCUGAUGAUAU